AGCAGCAACAGCAGCAGCAACAGCAGCAGCACCUGCAGCAGCAACAGCGCUGCUGCAGCAGCACGACGUCAGUCAGCAGCAGCAGGGAAGCACGACUAG